GGUCGAGCGGCCAGGCUGUGGCGGAGGCUCCUGCAGCGGUGCCCGGGUGUGUGGCGUGGAGCUUCCCCGCGCCCCUCGAGUCCAACCCUUUCAGCAUUCUGCUCCUGCGCCAGCUCGCUCCUCGGCGCCAUGACCACCACCACCACCUUCAAGGGUGUCGACCCCAACAGCAGGAAUAGCUCCCGGGUUUUGCGGCCUCCAGGUGGUGGAUCCAAUUUUUCAUUAGGCUUUGAUGAACCAACAGAACAACCUGUGAGGAAGAACAAAAUGGCCUCUACCAUCUUCGGGACGCCUGAAGAAAAUCCCCCUUCUUGGGCCAAGUCGGCAGGUGCCAAGUCCAGUGGUGGCAGAGAAGACCUGGAGUCAUCUGGGCCGAAGAGAAGGAACUCUUCCGAAGCAAACUCUGGAGACUACUUAGAUCUGAAGGGAGAAGGUGACAUUCACGAAAAUGUGGACACAGACUUGCAAGGCAGCCUGGGGCAGAGUGAAGAGAAGCCUGUGCCCGCUGCCCCUGUGCCCAGCCCGGUGGCCCCGGCCCCGGUGCCAUCCAGAAGAAAUCCCCCUGGCGGCAAGUCCAGCCUAGUCUUGGGUUAACUCCGACUGUCGUGAACUCUGUCGUUUUGUUUGUUUGUUUCCUCCAUGCUUGUGAACUGCACAACUUGAGCCUGACUGUACAUCUUUUGGAUUUGUUUCAUUAAAAAGGAAGCACUUUA